UCAACACAGGAAGGAGGCUGUGUGUGUGUGAGAUCAUCAGCCUUGUGAACAAGUGAUAAAUCUGUUAUGGCUUUUAAGGCAGUUCAAAUCGCGAUAAUUUUAUACAGCGGUUUUGUUUUACAACGCAAAGUUUAAGCUGUAUAGUUUCUGCUGCUGAUAAGGACAUAAAUGGCAUUCUUUUCGAGACUGUUUAGCAAGCGGCGCUCUCGCCGCUAUGAGCACCGCACUGAAAUUGGACAACCACCUGAAAAGAAAAAGAAUGUCCUGCCUUGUACAAUUGUUUUGUUGGACGACACGGAAAUAACUGUGGACAUACCGAAAAAAUCAUAUGGCAGUGUGUUAAUGGAACAAGUCUUUUAUCAUCUGGAUGUUCUGGAGAAGGACUAUUUUGGAUUACAGUAUACAGAUCAUCACAAUGUUAAUCAUUGGCUGGAUAUCACAAAGCAAGUGAGAAAGCAAGUAAAGAUUGGUCCACCAUACACCUUAAAGUUUCGAGUCAAGUUCUACUCAUCAGAACCAAACAACCUUCAUGAGGAGCUCACAAGGUAUCUGUUCUUCUUACAGUUGAAGAAGGACAUCUAUGCCGGUCGACUCACAUGUCCUUUUGAGACCCUCGUGGAGCUUUCUGCGCUAUCACUUCAGUCGGAACUUGGAGAUUUUGAUCCUCAAGUCCACACACCAGGCUUUAUUUCAGAAUUCCAUUUCAUUCCAAACCAGACAGAGGAACUUGAGCUGGCUGUUUACGAGCAUUUUCAAGAAAUGAAAGGUCUGACUCCGGCUCAGGCAGAAAUGCAGUUCUUGAACAAAGCCAAGUGGCUGGAAAUGUAUGGGGUUGAUAGCCACAUUGUUAUGGGACGAGACAUGAAUGAAUACAGAUUAGGUUUAACACCAACAGGCAUCUUAGUUUUCGAGGGAGCACAAAAGAUUGGACUGUUUUUCUGGCCAAAAAUGACCCGUCUUGACUUCAAAGGGAAAAAACUCACACUUGUUGCAGUUGAGGAUGAUGAAAGGGGUCAGAGUCAAGACCAUAUCUUUGUUUUUCGUCUUUUGAGUGAAAAGGCAUGCAAACAUCUUUGGAAAUGUGCUGUAGAGCAUCAUGCGUUUUUCCGUUUGAAAGGACCUGUCAAAGGUGGAUCCGGUCGUCAGAACUUUUUCAGAAUGGGCUCAAGAUUUCGAUACAGUGGACGUACUGAGUACCAGACAGCCACUAUGAACAGAGCACGGCGAAGCGUUAAGUUUGAACGUAAGCCUAGCCAGAGAUACUCCAGGAGGCCUACCUUUGAACGGAAAGAAAGAGAAGAAAAGAUGAUGAGGGAAUCAAGACGACGAGAAAUUGAAAAGAGACGAGCAGAAGAGGAAGCUAGAGAAAAGCAGGCUCGAGCCACAGUGGAGUCAGUAGUGGAUGGUGCACUUCCAGAGGUGAAGGUCUCUAGGUUAAGCACUCCUCGAGCUUCUGUCAGCAGUGCCUCCACUACCCACACUGCCCCGUCUAGCCCAUCUCCAGGGUCAGAGGGCAAGAUCAAGCCUGAUCCUCCGGUUCAACCAGCCCAGUCUGCAUUAGAACGUCUUGAUACCCUGAUCAAGGGACGCAGCCUUGAGAAAACAGUUAAUGGAGAAGUAGUAGUAGGAAGUGGUGGAGUACACCACAGUGAUGUCAACCUCAAAGAUGCCUCAGAACAUGCCAUUGCCAAAAUGAAGAAUCUUGAUGAGUCCAGAUCUGCACCCUUGAAAAAUAAGGAUAUUAACACUUUCAAGAAUAAUCAGCUCAAGUUCACUGGUGGAGCAACCAACAUCCCACCUGACCAAAUGAAAUGUAAUAUUCUCAAAGCCAGAAUGGAAGAAGACUUGAAAAAAGCAUCUGAAACUGAUGGCUGUGAUGAGGUGGAUGAGAAACUAUCAAGAAAGAGCAGCAGUGGUGGUGGUGGUGGUGAAGAUGAUGAAAAGGCCACCACAAGCAGCACCAAGGACAACGAAGAAGAGGACAAGGAAAGUGAUGCUGAGAAAGAAGAUGACAGUGUGUCAGCCCUUGAGAAGUCAAGUCAGCUUAAUUUACCUAAACAUGGAAAAAAUACCAGCGUGCAGAAUGGACACGAGUCAGUUGAAAGGCAAGUAAGCAGUGUGAGUGAUACAAGCAGCAUAGACCGGAAGACCUUGCGCACCAGUCAUGGCAGUGAAACGAGCGAGCGGCGACGCCUCAGCAGUCAGGCCAGUGAUGCAGGGGAGAGAGAACGACGUAAACCCAGCCAGUCCAGCGACGUUUUCCUCCCUGGCGGCUCUGCUAAAGUCAUCCCACAGCCACUAGACACAGCUAAAGCCAAGGGUCCCACACAUCUUAGACCCAUUAACAUUUCAGUCCCUCGCCCUCCAUCUCCCAGUCCAAGGUCGUCACUGCUAGAUAAGGGGCAGGCUACCCGGCCUCAUUCUCCUAACACUCUGGCAAAGCCACCCCCACCUCCACGCCCUCCAUCUCCUCAUAUCUUGCAUCCUAACAACCCUGCCAGCAGUAACAAAGGCGAGAUUCUCAUUAACUUUCCUGCUUCUGGGGAGCAUGCUAACUCACCAGCCCCACUUCCUCCAAAAUCAGGCAACCCUUUUCUGGCAGACUCAGAAGGCAUUCAGACAAAGCCUAAAUCUUCAAAGCCCUACGAACGAUCUUUAAACCCUUUUCUAGAAGAUAGUGAAAGCGACAUUGAUGCAGGCAGCUUGAAGAGAUCUAGCAAAAGAUAUAGGGCACCCCCACCCCCAGUUGUGGGUAAAGUACCCACAGCACAGUCGGGGACAGAUGUGAAACCAGCAGCAGCAUUAUCUCCUCAAGUUCCAUCAUCACCUAAAGCUCAGGGUCAUGGAGUCAGUGGCGCUGCUAGCAGUGAUGAUGUUCAUGCUGGAAAAAAUCCGUUUGAAGAUGAUAUUGAUGAAGAAGAGGAAAGUGCAGUUGAAAAGAGCGAGGCAGUACAAGACUAUAAAUCCUCUCCUGAGACCGCACCUCUGAGCAUCCCUGUGGAUAUUUGCUCAACAAACAUCCCUGUCCUUGAAGAGGAGGGUAAAAUUCCAUCUGUGCAGCAUAAACUCCCAACAUUUGCUGCUUCUAUCACACGUGCAUACACUAACACAGGACCCGGGGCCUCAUCUUCCUCAUCCAAGAUGGUCCCCAGAGUUCCAAGGUCAAGCAAGGCACCCCUUCCCUCAUCUCCCGCCUCCCAGCGUGGUUUCUCAGGCCCUUCCCCAGAUGGUGGAGUAGGGGAGUUGCCUCUGCCAAGCAGCCAGGAUUCCUUGGUGAUUGAAACCUCCUUCACCGGCACAAAACAGGUGACUCGCAAAAUGUCCUCCGCGUCCAGUGCAAAGACAACUGUGGUCACGUCUACUUCUGAACGGAAGAGUGAUAAUCCUUUGUCCCCAUGGCACGUCUCUGCUCCAGAAAAGAAGGAACGCAAAGUGACCUUGACUACUGAAUUGUGAGAGAGCUGCCAUCUUUUAUUCUUGUGGUUGUGUAAGAUGCUGGUUCGUGUUGUCUCCACAUGCUUAUACUCUUGUGAUGGUCAUGGUGCAUGCAUUUAUGCCAGCUUUUGGCAGUAUCAGCAGUGAUGAUUGAUAUUAUAGGUAAGGCUGUUUGCCAGACCCUUUUUGAAGGUUGCUCUUUAAGCAGGUAAUGUGAGAGACAGCAAAUUAAAGAUCUUUGUGUUGUGCCUCUUACUGCAGCUUUGUGUGUUGAACAAGUGAUCAGAACUUCUAGUGAUCUCAUGGCAGGUGGACAUAGCACACAACUCUACUGGAGUGUGUUUUGCCAGCAGAGUCCUUGGGGGCUUUUGUGUCCUUUGUGUAAAUACAAGUAAAGAUAGAUAAUAAUGAUUAACAGGUAGAACAGGUAGAUAUUUUUCUGCAUUGCUUUUCUGUUGGUGAUUUUGGGCAGAAUUUGGAGGGUUCAAAUGCUGGGUAAAGAAUCAUCACUUCUUAGAAUUGUAAGCCGACUUCUAGUGAUGAUGAGCCAUAUAAUGGUUUGCCUAUGCUGGGGGGUGAACCACAUGUUUUGUGCUGUCAGAUUUUGACACCCUGGUUCUUACCAUGUUGAUUGAUACUGGAUUCUUCAGAAUAUAUACUUUUUAAAAAAAAUUGUUAGCCAAUUGUAAAUAAAAUAUAAAUGAAAAGCAAGCUGUCCUCAGUUCCCUUUACCCACAAGUUCCUGCACAGUUGGCGGCUGAUGUGCUUGACACUAUUUUUGCUGACUUUGGUGUAACAGUUAGCAAAUAAAGACAUCAUUACUGUGGCUGAUAACAAAAUUUGAUUUUAAGGUGUUUUACCAGCUUGCUCUUGAAUAUUAGACUGUUUGAAAGGUAAAUUGCUGCAAAUUAGAGGUAUUUUUUUAACAACUAAGCUUUUAUAAUCGGCUUUGAACAUCACUGGACUAUAAAUUCCUAAAAGUGAACUUAAGAAGCCAGUUUUGGGAAUAGAGUCAACCAGCUCCUGCUUCCAUCCUCCAUUGAAAAAAAUAAAACAAAACUGAAGGAUUUGAAAGAUUAAAUGAUUCCAGUAUUUCAGUAUCAGAACAACUAGAAGAAUUAAAUUUUGUUCACACAUAAUUGCACAGACAUAGCAAGAUUCUGUAGCCUUUUUUUUUUUUCUUAAUACUUUGUCCCAAAGAGAUUCUUUUGAGGAACUAUCUUAUGGUUGUGCGUGUCAUGGUAAAUUUUCUUUCAGGCUUGGAGUGAACUCUUUAGGUGUGAUAAAUACCAACUUGUUUGGCAGUUUGUACAACAUAUUUUAAUAUUUGUUUGUUUUGGCUGUUAAAUGCAGAAACAUCUUGAUUUUACUUAUAGCUUUUUAAAAUAACUUUUACUUAACAUUUUAGCACAGAGUGUAUUAGUGUAAGUGUAUUUAUGUGUGGAUGUGCCUGUGUGUGGAUGUGCAUGGACGUAUGCCGUUAAGAGGAUUUGUUUUGGGUAAGCAGUUUAUCUAGUUUAAUGUGAUUGCUGCAUGAAAUAUUCAUAUCAAGUUUUUGUUUUGCUCUCUUAAUAUCACUUCAUUUAUUAUUCAGAAAAUGCAUAAAUGGUAUAAAAUGAGUUUAUCUUUCAAAACUACACUGACCUUGUGCGUUAACUGCUGAAUGUUUCAGGGUUCCAAAUAGAUGAAAUACUGAGAAAAAAAUUUGAUUUCUCAUAUCUCAUUUUGUUAAGAACAAAUAUAAUAGAGAGAGACAGCAUUAUCAUAUCAUAAAUUUUGACAGUUUGGGAAAGAUUGGAAAGAAUAAAAGUACGUGGAGAUUGGUCUAAAAUGAACCCAUUUCUAUGAAGAUUAAACAUUUUGUACUAUAUAAAUAAACCCAUUCAUUCCCCAGAUGUAGCUUUGGUUUUCCUGUCAGUUAACUCAUGAGUUGGAGGUAAAAUAAUGAUGCAGGCCUCCUGCACUU